UUUCUAUAAAGUGAUGCCCGGAGAAUCUUGGCACAAAUCUUUCACAGUUAGACAGAGAAAAGAUCCACAUGGCCUGACUUACAAUAAUCACAAUACCCAACAAGAAAAACAAUUCACCAGAACCCAAAAACCCAGUGUUGUUUCUUCUCCCUUCCUCCCCUUAUAUAAAUCCUGGUGGGGGAGGGAAAGCUCCCCAUUCUUCCUUAACCCAACAAAAAAAAAAACUCAAACCCAACUGGAAAGAAGAAGAAGCAUGGGAUCGUUGGUUCAUGUCAAGGAAGCUACGAUCGUAACUCCAUGUGAGCCGACCCCAAGUCGAGUUUUGUCUCUCUCAGCUCUGGACUCUCAGCUUUUCCUACGUUUCACCAUCGAGUACCUUUUGGUUUACGAGGGUCACCCUGGUUUGGACCAACGUGCCACCGUGGCUCGGGUCAAGGCCGCUCUUGGUAAAGCCUUGGUUCCUUAUUACCCGUUUGCGGGUCGAGUUAGGGCCAAGCCCGACGGGUCCGGCCUCGAGGUUGUCUGUCGGGCGCAGGGUGUUUGGUUCGUCGAAGCUAGCUCGGAUCAUAGCGUUAACGAAUUCGGGAGAGCUCCACGGUUCGUUACGCAGUGGAGGAAGUUCCUAUCUUUCCAGGUGGCGGAUGUCCUGAAAGGGGCCCCACCUCUGGUUGUGCAGCUGACGUGGCUAAAAGACGGCAAUGCUGCGCUUGGUGUUGGCAUUACUCAUUGUCUUUGCGACGGUAUCGGCAGCGCUGAGUUUCUCAACUCGUUUGCUGAGUUGGCUUCCACGAGUCAAACCAAGUUCUCCGAGUUUAAGUUUAAACCCAAACCCGUUUGGGAUCGCCACCUUCUAAACCCAGCACCAUGCAAGCCAUCAAGAAAUAAUAAUAAUAAUAACAACCACUCGCUGAGUCACCCCGAGUUCAACCGAGUUCCAGACCUUUGCGGGUUCCAGGCUCGUUUCUCCAACGAAAGACUCGUCCCCACCUCAUUCAUUUUCAAUAAAACGAGCCUGAACGAGUUAAAAAAGGUAGCUUUUUCCACAAGUAGACUCAGUGAGGCAAAUUACACGUCUUUUGAAGUUCUCUCAGCUCAUAUAUGGAGGAGCUGGGGUAGAGCUUUAAACUUACCUUCAAACCAAAUACUAAAGCUUCUUUUCAGCAUCAACGUUAGAGAACGAGUCAAGCCGAGUCUCCCCAGCGGGUACUACGGCAACGCCUUCGUGUUAGGGUGCGCGCAAACGAGCGUUAAGGACCUGACGGAGAAGGGUUUAGGGUACGCGACAAUGCUGGUGAAGAGAGCGAAAGAGCGAGUGGACGGUGAGUUCGUGAAAUCGGUGGUGGAAUCAGUGAGCCAGGGCAGGGCGAGUCCCGACUCGGUAGGCGUACUGAUACUGUCGCAAUGGUCAAGGCUGGGGUUAGAGAAGGUUGACUUCGGGAUGGGGCGGCCAGUUCAAGUGGGACCCGUUUGCUGCGAUCGGUAUUGUUUGCUUUUGCCGGUUUUUAAUCAGACGGAUGCGGUGAAGGCGAUGGUGGCGGUCCCCACAUCUGCGUACCCGAGAUAUGAACAUCUAGUCAGGAGUUUCUGCUCAUAAGGACCACCGGACUUUGGCCCAUUCGUUGACUUCUUGUAUCACCAUUACUUUUGACCUUAUUCAUUGUUAUCUAGCCUUUUUAACUGA